AAAAGCAAACUUGUCGAACAACCGCUUAGUCGAACUCAAGGAAGAUGUGUGCUUCUUUAACCGUAGUGCUUCUUUUGCCCAUGGUGCUCUUAUGUGUAGAUGCAUCUGACCAUCGCAGCGAGCCGAUGUUAGUGACUAUCAACAAAAGAAACCUCGCUUUGAAUUUUAAUAGCUCGGAAGAAGACGCCAACGAGGUGUUCUCAAAUAUUUACAACAACUUGUUUCAAGAGGACGGCACAUUGAAGAAGAAAAGGGCUGCAAUCAAUCCUGAUAACGUUCAAUGCUAUAAAGGAAAAGGUAAGUGAACUAAACUGAACUAAUUUAUCAGGGAACGGGUGGCCUUAGGGUCGUCCUGUUUUUCAAUGUAUGUAUGAUGUAGUUGAGAUUUAAGGCUUCUUCAGUUGUACUAACCGUCUGUACCUCAUCGCUUAUCUUCCAUUCCUGCCUUUGAGUGAAUUAGAUAGAACCUGCGCUGAAAUUUUUGUCAAACUUUACCCGAUGGUUUUUUUAUGUUAUGGAAACUUUAAUUUUGAAAUAAAAUUAGGUGGGGGGGGGGGGGGAAGGGGUAGGGGGUAGGGGGGUUUUCCAAACCCGUUUAGGAGCAGGAGCAACUUAUACCAAUAUGACUUUUUCUGCGCCGGGAAUUAGUCUCUGUUUGUUCUAUUCUAGAGAAAGAAAGUUACUACUGCUAUUGGAAAAAGAAAAGAAAGGAGAAGUCGAGUCGGGCAAAAGCCACCAUAAUUUAAUGUACACGCGCUUAUCACGCGUAAAAUUAUGCGCAGUGAGGAUGCGCAAUGCAAUACAAAGGGAUAACCUUAAUGAGACUUGCUGCUUCUCACUUCCCACAUUCUAUGCUCAGGUACUGAUGAAGCUGGAACCAUAUCCUUUGACUUCACUGAUCUUCACACCCAAUACGGCGGAAUUAUGCAAAAGGCGGAGAUUCGACUGAAGGUGACCAUCCCAACAUCCAAACGGUCUCACCUAGCCUCUCUGUACGAUGUCAUGACGAAAGAGGAGUUAUCCCAAGCCAAAAUUGCGCCAGGUGCUAGUCAGCAGUGGCUUACAUUUCCAGGCACGCCAGAGCUUUACAAGUGGCUUAAAAAGCCCAGAACCAGCCAUGCCAUACAGUUAGUGGUGAUAGAGGAAAAGAUGGAUGGAGUUUUGCGACUGUCCACUGAAAAAGAAAGGGGCGUGUUUUAUCUGCCACUGUUGGUGAUUUAUACGGCCAGGCUACCACCAGUGAAAACAGGUCGUCAGCAAGGGAGGUACGUAUAAGACAAAGAUUUGGAUUUUGCUGUACUCUUUUUUUGCAAACAUUAGUGAAAUGCAUGGGUUUUUCCCGGUUAAGGCUAUUUUCACGCUAUACCUGAUAGCUUUUGUGCCUAGUCAGGGGCACCCAACGAGAAUAUAGUUCAAGACCACUUAAACAUAGAUAGUAAAACUUCUUUUAGUAUUUAAACGGUAGAUACAGGCAUAUUUUUAUCCCCUUAAAAUUUUUCAUCUGUUCAGAUUUCCUGGCUGAAAGUCUAGUGAUCCGAAAAUUAUAGGGAUCAAAACUUACCUUUUCGAAAAUUUCAGCUAGAAAAAAUGCUCCCGAAAAUUCUAGGUGACCUUUUUAGGGUAAAAAUCGGUUAAAAAUGAGCAAUUGUACCAUUUUUUAGAGGUUCGAAAAUCCUAGGAGAGGCAGGCAAGUAAGAAAUUUUACAACAAAUGUUCCGAAAAUUCUAGAUCUCAAAUCGUCUCCCGCACAGAUAUUUCCCGAAAAUUGACGUUGGGUACCCCUGCCUAGUGCAAGAAAACCAUACCAGAUAGGGCUUUGGUUCACACAUAAGAAUGGUGAUUUCGGCGCGAUUUCAGUAACGGAGCGAAGCUGCUUUGCGCCGCGAUCGCUGAAGUGGAGGGUCACAUAUCGGAUACGAGUUCAUACUAUAACGGAUACUUUUCAUGUCGGAACGAAACGCUUUCCGGUAUCAGGGUAUGAACCGUAGCCAAAAUGAAAAGCCACCUCUUAAAUUAUAUCAUUUUCAUAUUUACAGAGCAGAGUGCUUCAAAUAUCAAUCUUUUAAUAGCUAUCACGUUCGCUUACGCGAAAACGCUUUGAAUUAGUGGUAUUUUCUUCCUAAAUCUUAAGACAAUUUUCUCACAACUCGGUAAGUAUAUAGCAAUUUCGGACAAGAUGAUCGAAAUGAUUAGUAUAUUCUUGAGGCAGUACUCCGAGGAAACAUUCAAAACUUUUAAAUUUAUGACAAUCCGUAGUGUGAUAAAAACAGUAUUAUGGCUGUAAGGUAUGAAAUUCUCCUCUUGAAACCAAUUCACUUUUAACGCAUUCGUUCUUGUCCGCCCAACACUUUGAAGUGUUCUAUUUAAUUUUAAACAAGACUGACGAGUCAGUAAGCCAAAUUCGCACGGAAAGGUUGCAAAUGAGAAGCUAUUUGAACGAGGUUGUUUGAAAUAUCAAGGGUAAAAAAACGAUGAAUUCUACAUUUGUUUCAGUUUAAAUAGGUAACUUGUUUAAUUGGACUUGUGUAUAAUAUCAGUAUUUUUUUUGUUACAGAGAUAGACGCUCUGACGACGAAUCGUCAAUGGGGAAAAUCACUUGCUCUAAACGUGAUCUUUUCUUGAACACCAGCCAGGUCUUUGGAGAUUCAGUGGUGUACCCUCUAGCCUACAAUGCAUACACUUGUGCAGGAAACUGCGAGAGGCCAUUCAGCGAUAAUUAUAACCGAGACUCGUUUACAAAUUAUGCACUUGUGCGAUAUCGAUUCCAUACACUGCAGAACAAAACCCACCACAGCUUUGAUGUUUUCUGUGUUCCGUUCAGUUACAAAAGUCUUACCGUGAUGCACUACGUUAACGAAGCAAAAACUCAAAUUGCCAUCCGUACUUUUCCAGAGAUGAUUAUCGCGAAGUGCAAAUGCGCCAUACAUGAAAAGUCAUUGAACGUAACUAAGUAUCCUUUCCGACUGUAGGCACUUCAAGCCGGGCCUGAAGCACUUUUCUAAGGGGUAAUUACUUGGGAGAAAUAGCCAUGCUCUUGAAAUUUCUAAAUAAAAAGGCAAUGAUAUAUUUUUUGGACGGUUUAAAAAACGAGCAGGAGUGAUAAUACACGACUGCGAGUUUUUUGAAUGGCUUCAAAAUCUCUGAUAUAGAUCAACUCAUUCUUGCACUGAUAUUUAGAUUAGGGGUUAUUUUGGUCUAAAAAAUUCGACGUAAAGUUUAGCCGUGUCGUUAUCAGAUAUAAACACACUCAUUGAACAUUAAUUUCUUUUGUUUUUUCUUUAUGCAUUAUUAAUGAGUUUUUGAACGACAUAUAACUGUUGAUGAUUCACAAACCCUUUUUUACUCAUUGCUCAAGAAAAUCUUGAGAAAUACUGCAUUGCUA